CCAUUCGCUUCUGGAUUCCCAUUCUCUCCCCCACCCCACCACUCUCCCCCUCUCCCCCUCCCCUCCUCCUUGUCACACUCUCUCUGCCCUCCUCUCGUCUUCUCAUUUGCUUGUUCAUCUCUAAACGUGGAUCCGCCGCUCCCGGAGGAGCCCAGCACCGGAUCCCGCGCUCCCGGAGCACCUGGAGUCCGGCGGGCGGCGGCCCGAGCCUGGCCAGCAGCGGCGGCGGCGGCGGGAGCGGCGGGAGCCGAGGGAGCGGCAGCCCGGACCGCGGGCACCGCAGGAGCCCCAGCGGCAGCGGCCGCCGCCGAGAUGUCCCGGCGAAAGCAGAGCAAACCCCGGCAGAUCAAACGGCCGCUUGAAGAUGCCAUUGAAGAUGAGGAAGAAGAGUGUCCAUCAGAGGAAACAGACAUCAUUUCCAAAGGAGACUUUCCAUUGGAGGAAAGCUUUUCCACAGAAUUUGGGCCUGAAAAUCUGAGCUGUGAAGAGGUGGAAUACUUUUGUAACAAAGGUGAUGAAGGAAUCCAGGAGACCGCAGAAUCAGAUGGGGACACACAGUCAGAGAAACCAGGGCAACCUGGAGUUGAGACAGAUGACUGGGAUGGACCAGGAGAGCUGGAGGUGUUUCAGAAAGAUGGGGAACGAAAAAUUCAGAGUCGGCAGCAACUUCCUGUGGGAACAACCUGGGGGCCAUUUGCUGGGAAGAUGGACUUGAAUAAUAAUUCUUUGAAGACAAAGGCUCAGGUCCCAAUGGUGCUGACGGCUGGUCCCAAGUGGCUGCUGGAUGUGACUUGGCAAGGAGUGGAAGACAACAAAAACAACUGCAUUGUGUACAGCAAAGGGGGUCAGCUGUGGUGCACAACGACAAAGGCCAUCUCUGAGGGUGAAGAGCUAAUUGCCUUUGUGGUGGAUUUUGACUCAAGGCUACAAGCUGCCAGUCAGAUGACUCUCACAGAAGGGAUGUACCCUGCACGCCUGCUGGACUCAAUUCAGCUGCUUCCUCAGCAAGCGGCCAUGGCUUCUAUUCUGCCUACAGCUAUUGUCAACAAUAUAUUCCCUUGCAAGUCCUGUGGAAUCUGGUACCGGAGCGAGCGGAAUCUGCAAGCCCAUUUGAUGUACUACUGUAGUGGGAGGCAAAGAGAAGCUGCUCCAGUGUCAGAAGAAAACGAAGACAGCGCUCAUCAGAUUUCCAGCCUAUGUCCCUUCCCACAAUGCACAAAGAGCUUUUCAAAUGCCCGAGCUCUGGAAAUGCACCUGAAUUCACACAGUGGAGUGAAAAUGGAAGAAUUCCUGCCCCCUGGUGCUAGUCUAAAAUGCACCGUCUGCAGCUACACUGCUGAUUCCGUGAUCAACUUUCACCAACACCUGUUCUCCCAUCUCACUCAAGCUGCCUUCCGAUGUAAUCACUGCCAUUUCGGCUUCCAGACUCAGAGGGAGUUAUUGCAGCACCAGGAGCUCCAUGUCCCUAGUGGAAAACUUCCCAGAGAAAGUGACAUGGAGCACUCUCCAAGUGGAACUGAAGACAGCUUACAGCCAGCCACAGACUUGUUGACCAGAGAACUCCCGCAGAGUCAAAAGGCCAUGCAGACUAAGGAUGCGAGCUCUGACACAGAGCUGGACAAGUGUGAAAAAAAGACUCAGCUCUUUCUCACUAACCAGAGACCAGAAAUACAGCCUGCAACAAACAAACAAAGCUUUUCAUACACGAAAAUUAAGUCUGAGCCCUCUAGCCCAAGACUAGCCUCAUCUCCAGUUCAGCCUAAUAUUGGACCUUCUUUCCCUGUGGGCCCUUUCCUAUCUCAGUUUGCUUUCCCCCAAGAUAUCACAAUGGUCCCUCAAGCUUCAGAGAUCUUAGCCAAGAUGUCUGAGUUGGUGCAUCGGCGACUGAGGCACGGAAGCAGUAGCUACCCUCCUGUAAUUUACAGCCCCUUGAUGCCCAAGGGGGCUACUUGUUUUGAGUGCAACAUAACAUUCAAUAAUUUGGAUAAUUAUCUAGUACACAAAAAACAUUAUUGCAGUAGCCGAUGGCAGCAGAUGGCCAAGUCCCCAGAGUUCCCUGGAGUUUCAGAAAAGAUGCCUGAAGCUGUGAGUCCCAACACUGGCCAGACAUCCAUAAACCUUCUCAAUCCAGCUGCUCAUUCUACUGAUCCCGAGAACCCACUUCUUCAAACAUCCUGCAUCAAUUCUUCCACAGUUUUAGAUUUAAUUGGGCCAAACGGGAAGGGCCAUGACAAGGACUUUCCUACUCAAGCCAAGAAGCUCUCCACCUCCAAUAGCAGUGAUGACAAAAUUAAUGGAAAACCUGUUGAUGUGAAAAAUCCCAGUGUCCCCUUAGUAGAUGGGGAAAGUGACCCAAAUAAGACUACCUGUGAAGCUUGCAACAUUACCUUCAGCCGGCACGAAACAUACAUGGUCCAUAAACAGUAUUACUGUGCUACACGCCAUGACCCUCCACUAAAGAGAUCUGCUUCCAACAAAGUGCCUGCCAUGCAGAGAACCAUGCGUACACGCAAGCGCAGGAAGAUGUAUGAGAUGUGCCUACCUGAGCAGGAACAGAGACCUCCACUGGUCCAACAGCGAUUUCUCGAUGUAGCCAACCUCAGCAAUCCUUGUACCUCCACUCAAGAACCCACAGAAGGGCUAGGAGAGUGCUACCACCCAAGAUGUGAUAUUUUUCCAGGAAUUGUCUCCAAGCACUUGGAAACUUCCCUGACGAUCAACAAAUGUGUUCCAGUUUCCAAAUGUGACACUACUCAUUCCAGUGUUUCGUGCCUGGAGAUGGAUGUGCCCAUAGAUCUCAGCAAAAAGUGUUUACCCCAGUCUGAGCGGACAACCACAUCUCCCAAAAGGCUGCUGGACUACCAUGAAUGCACUGUGUGCAAGAUCAGCUUCAAUAAGGUGGAAAACUACCUGGCCCACAAGCAGAAUUUCUGCCCAGUCACCGCACAUCAGCGUAAUGACUUGGGCCAACUGGAUGGCAAAGUGUUUCCGAAUCCGGAAAGUGAACGGAGCAGCCCUGAUGUCAGUUAUGAGAGAAGCAUAAUAAAAUGCGAGAAAAAUGGGAAUCUGAAGCAGCCUUCCCCCAAUGGAAACUUAUUUUCAUCCCAUUUAGCAACCCUGCAAGGCCUAAAAGUCUUUAGUGAGGCCGCUCAACUCAUUGCUACAAAAGAAGAAAACAAACAUUUGUUCCUUCCACAAUGCCUUUACCCGGGAGCAAUAAAGAAGGCAAAAGGAGCAGACCAGCUUUCUCCAUAUUACGGCAUAAAGCCAAGUGAUUAUAUUUCUGGUUCUCUUGUCAUCCAUAACACUGACAUAGAGCAAAGCACAAACGCAGAAAAUGAAUCUCCUAAAGGCCAGGCUUCCUCAAAUGGGUGCUCUGUGCCAAAGAAAGAUUCUCUGCCACUGUUGCCCAAAAAUAGAGGCAUGGUAAUAGUGAAUGGUGGACUGAAACAAGAUGAGAGACCUGCCGCCAACACCCAGCAAGAGAACAUUUCCCAGAAUCCUCAGCAUGAAGAUGGCCACAAAUCUCCCACGUGGAUCUCUGAGAACCCAUUAGCUGCGAAUGAGAAUGUCUCACCAGGAAUUCCCUCAGCAGAGGAACAGUUGUCUAGUAUAGCAAAAGGGGUAAAUGGCUCCACGCAGGCCCCAACAAGUGGGAAAUAUUGCCGGCUGUGCGAUAUCCAGUUCAACAACCUUUCAAACUUUAUAACUCACAAGAAGUUUUAUUGUUCAUCACAUGCAGCGGAACAUGUCAAAUGAACUAACUAAAUAAAUAAACAUCAGUCACCUUUGGUACCAGUGUUUAGUAUGUUGUUCUAACCAGUCCAGAAAAAAAAAAAUUAAAAAAAAAAAGCUGUUUGAAUUACAUCUGGGCAAUCA